AUGGGUACUGCCGUGAGCAACAUUGCCGAGUCUUGUACGCCAAACACCACGCUGGACCUGUCGUUUGACGAAGCUUUUGCCGAGGAGCUUUCCUACACCAACGCCGAUCGAAUCAUUAUCACAAUAGUGAACCCAUGCAUUCUUGCCGUGGGUCUACUCGGCAAUCUAGCCUUCCUCUUCAUGAUGGUGCGUGUACGCCGCAUGUGGACCGUCACCAACAUCUACCUGACCAACCUGGCCAUUGCCGACACCUCUUUCCUGGUCAUCGCGGUGUCGGAGAAGAUUGCCCGGUACCGUGCCAGCCCCGUGUCAGGUGAUCAAGCCAUCAUGGGUCCCGGUGGCUGCAUCAGUGUCUAUGUCCUCUUAGACGUGGCGUACAGUGUCGGGCUCUGCCUGGUGACUCUAGUAACUGUGGAGAAGUACUAUGCCAUCUGUAGACCAAUCCAACACCGCUUGGUCGGCGGCAUGAAGCGCACUAAGAGAUUGGUGCUGGUUGUCUGGGUAAUCGCUUGGGUCUUCGGUCUGACCCUACUUCCCUGUUGGUCAAAUUUCGUGGGCUUCUGUACAACCUGGCCAGAAACCGAGGCAUUCUCUAACCAUCCGCAAGUCAUUGGAUUCUGCCAACCCGAAGCUGCUUGGCUGAUUGAUGUCCACAACGGUGUCCAGACGGUGCCUUUCUUUGUCUGUCUGAUCGUCAACGCCGUGCUUUACAUCCUCAUCAUCAAACGCCUCAACACCCGCGUCGGGGUGGUGAAUGACGACCACUCUACCGGGCAACAGAGGAAGAAUCUCCGGCAGAAAGUGCGCAACCAGGUGGCACGAAUGCUGAUCGUCAACGGUGUUCUCUACUUCACACUGAUGGCCCCUUUCCAGUGCACCUCCUUUGCAUUCGUCAUCAGCAACUCGACCGGGAAUUACGUCUUGGAACCGGAACAGGUCACAAAGCUUCAGUGGGUGAAUCGCACCUUGUUUUACCUGAACCCGGCCAUAAACCCGUACAUUUACUUUAUCACAAACCCCAAAUACCGCCAGGCUUACGUGCAGGCUUUCACCUUUCGCCGCCCAAAACGUCGGGCUCGCUCUGCCACCGUGAUGGAUGAAAUGUCAACUUACAUCCCGUAA